UGAUUAUGAUACACAUACACAUUACACGCUAGACUCUGGACCAUCAUCUGCUAUCGGGGGUAAGUAGAUUCUUUUCAUGAAUUCUCAAUGCAUGUACCCGAUAUUUGCUCUUUCUCAGAUAACUCUGUUCCUCGAUUGCUCCUUUGUUGGGGCUGAAAAAAGAGGAACACAACGAUUGUUUGUGUAGUUAAUCAACCAAAUGAGAAAAAAGAGGAACACAACGAUUGAGAAUUAAGGGAUAGGUAAUCAAUCAAACUUGUUCUUGACUCUGUGCUAUUUCCAUCACAGUUGCUGGAAAGGUUUUCACUUUAUCAUUGAAUUGAUCCAAUGCUCUGGCUCUCGGUUUAUGAAUUAAUUAAACUGUUUUCAUUGACAUGAAUUGGAACUUUUGGACUGUUUCUUAUGACAAUUUUCAAACUUUAUAUAUAAAUUAGCUUGGGUAAGGAUUGUUGUUUAUGAAACCAAUUCCUUUGGAACUUCUGAUGCUAGAUGUAUUUUUUUAAUUAAGCCAUCCAUUUGCUUGUUUAUUGUUUCCCUGAUUCCCAGAGGCUUCAAUAUUUUGACCACUGGAAGCUGUUUUGUUGCCUUUGUAUGAGGUGUCAUUGAUAAUUAUGCUUCGAAGUGACAGUAUCAACUCCCUGAGAUAGGUGGUGAAAAUUGAAUUAUGGCUGAUGAUGGUGCUGAUCCAUUUCCGAAGUUGACAAGUGUGUAUAGAGUGUCUGGUUCCAAAAACAAUAAGCUGAGCUGGAAUGUAGCCAAUUCUCAGCAAAGUGUUGACUCCAGUGUAAACAACUCAAGGCAGUUACAGAGCAUUUCUGAUGGCAGUGCUUCAAGAUCCUGGUUUUCUCAAAAUUCUAGACCAAAUGCAUGGGAAGUUCCAAGUGUGAUUCAGAAGCUGAGGCUGGGGAAGCGGGGUAAUGACGGAUUGACUAACAACAGUAACCUACAGGACAAAAGUAAUUCUCCAGAUGCUCUGGCUUUGACGGGAAGUGGAAUUUUGAAUGACAGCAAGUUGCCUCCUGAGUCAGCAAUAUCUCCAACAUCAGAGACAUGUUUAAAUUCAUCUGUUGAUGUUGUUGAUACAACUACAUCCAAGGAUUUAAAAAAUGUUGAAUGCAAGGAUGAGAGAAUCCCAGAACCCCAUUGUGAAGACAAUGGAUCUGAUAUUGUUUUUGAUAGUGAUGACGAUUGUUUUUUAGACAACAUUGACUUGGAUACCGGGGAGAGAAGCCAUGAACAGUGCAAAAAGAGCAAGUGGCUCAGGAAUUUCUUUGAUAAAUUAAAUGCACUCACCAAUGAGGAGAUAAGUUCAUUAGACAGGCAGUGGCAUUGCCCAGCAUGCCAAGGGGGUUCUGGUGCUAUUGAUUGGUACAAAGGGUUGCAGCCCCUUUUGGAUCAUUCCAGAACAAUACAAACAACGAGGGCAAGACUGCACCGGAUGUUUGCUGAAACUUUGGAGGAAGAGUGUUUCAGGAGAAGAGCUCCAUUAACAACGGUUGGCGAAGUCCACAAUAUAUGGGAGGGUCUUGAUAAGAAAGUCAAGGAUCAUGAAAUAGUUUGGCCCCCAAUGGUUAUUAUCAUGAAUACAAGAUAUGAGCAGGACGAAAGUAAUAAGUGGAAUGGAAUGGGGAACCAAGAACUCGUCGAUUGCUUCAGUGACUAUGCUGCAUUGAAGGCUCGACACUCGUAUGGUCCACAAGGGCACCGAGGGAUGAGUGCUUUAAUUUUUGAGGAAACCACGGCAGGUUAUCUAGAAGCUGUGCGGCUGCACAAGCAUUUUAAAGAGCAAGGAAGAGAUAGGGAAGCUUGGGAUUGCUGUCAAAAUCCAUUUCUCCCAGGUGGGAAGCGCCAACUUUAUGGUUACUUGGCUUCUAAAGAAGAUUUGGAUAUUUUCAACAAACACUCCGGAGGAAAGACAAAACUGAAGUUUGAAAUGAGAUCAUAUCAAGAGAUGGUUGAGAGAAAGAUAAAACAUAUUAAUGAUGAUAGUCGGAAGCUUGACUAUUAUAAGAGCAUGGUAGCCAAAGAACAAAUCAAAUCACAAGUCGGUGCAGACUCUUUAUGUAAAUCAAGUGAGAAGUUAAGCAUGACAACUGAAAAAAACCGUGUUGACCAACAGGACAAGGAGAUGGAUGCACUAGAAAAAAAUUUCCAGAGCCAAAUCCAAGACAUUCAACAAGCCAUAGCUGCAAAGGAGGAUAAGUUUGUGAAAUUACAGCUGCAGGCAAUGCAAGAAAAAGUGAAAGAGUCCUGCAAAGAAUCUUCUGAGAAAGAGGACAAGGUGGAAAAUAUCUCUAGUUUCCUGAAGCCUCAAGACAAGGAGAUGAAGCAAUUCGAGGCAGAGAGAGAGAAAAUUAAAAAAAUUCAUGAAGAGAAAAAGUUGGCUCUGAAGAAGAAGCAGUGGCAAGAGCAGGUUGAACUUGAGAAGGAGUUAGAGAAUGAACUGACGCAGCUCAUGGACAAGUACAAUUGCAACCAAUCUCAAGAAAAAAACUGUUAGAAAUGAAUGACAGCUAGGUAACAUUAUUAAGGAAAACAUACACAGAAAUGGUAAAAGCCAAAAGCAUUCAUAGGCAUACAUAUCAGGCAGAGUACAUGAUUAUGUGUUCUUUCUGCCACAUUUUAUUUUCCAUAAAUUAAUACUUUUUUCUUUUGGUUUACCCUUGCAUUUUUUAUUUUGAAAGUUGAAAAGUGAGAGUUAACAAGCCCCACCGGCACCGAAAUUCUGGUCCCAUUUUCAUUGAUACUUGAUAUAGUUUUGCUCAUUAUAUCUGUAGCGUGCUUUGCUUGCAAAUGGUUUCGAAUAUAAGUAAUUUUCUGUUGA